AUGAUUAUUGAGGGUGGAUGCAAUCGGGAUCCCGCCGCGAUACCAAGGACAUGUGGGGAACUUCAAGAGGACAUCGCCAUACUUUUCCUCAACAAGGCGUUCACGUACAACGAGUUCGUACGACCAGCUUGCCUCAACUUCAAUCCUGAUUAUGACAAAAAUCAGCUGGAGGGAAACAUGGGCAGUAUCGUGGGCUGGGGUCUGACGGGCGAGAACUCCUUGCCGUCUGAGGUGCUUCAAGCCGCUGAGCUCCCGAUCGUUCCCAUCGACAAGUGUAUAGAGGAGAGCCCAGUGAGCUUCAGGAGCGCCAUCACCGGGGACAAGAUCUGCGCCGGAUAUACCAAUGGCACAGCGGUGUGUCACGGCGACAGCGGCGGCGGACUGACCAUACCCGGCAUGGUGAAAUGUGCGAACGUCGAUCCGCCGUGUUUUGAGUUAAAUAUGUUUCUCCACGGCGUGACUUCCACCGCCCCCACUUCAGACAAGUCGUGCAACAUCUACACUUGGGCCACCUUCACCCACCUGCUACGUCACGAGCACUUCGUGAAGGCCCACGUGCCGGAUAUAGAGAAGUCUUGUGUGCCCUUAAAAGUGUAUAAGAAAAAAUAACUUCUACCUGUUUAGUCGCCACCAUUCCGCAAAGAUCAUCAGCCUGAUGCGGAGCAGUUAGACGAAACGCUGAAACGCUAUACCAAGCCGAUCCAAUUUUUAAAGGAAUAGACUUUAAUGUUUAUCAUAAUUUUACCAGGAUCUAAAAGAAUAAUCAUCAAUAUUCUUGCCGCUAGUGUAACCACUGGACAUAUAUGACUUAACAUCUCAUGUCUCAGAAUAGCGAGCGCAAUGGAAUACCAAACAAUACUCUCUAAUUUAAGUUGUUGGAUGGUAUUUCUACUGUUUAUGGGCGGUCGUAUC